AUGGCAGGCAUUGCGGUUGUCAAGGCCCUUGUGGCAUCUCUGUCUCUGUUCUCUAGCGCUUCAGCAUCUCCUUUUACUCAGAGGCAAGACACGCUUACCCUCGACGGCGUCCAGAAGCAAGCUCUCGCAAAUGCAUACAAGGUACUGGAUGGGACGCUGUCAGACGGUCUGACGAGGCCUGCGACAUGUAACAAGGACACUGUUGCUGUACGCAAAGAGUUCGGCGACCUCACGAAAGAGGAACGGAAAGCAUACACCACGGCCGUCAAUUGCAUGCUCAAGGCGCCCUCCAAACUUCCUGCUGGUCAAUAUCCUGGAGCAAAGUCUCGCUAUGAAGACUUUGUUGUGGUGCAUAUGAACAUGACACCGACGGUUCACGCCACCGCAAACUUCAUGCACUGGCACCGUUACUACAUAUGGGCUUACGAAACAGCGCUUCGCACGGAAUGUGGCUACAAAGGCUACCAACCCUACUGGAACUGGGCCAAGUACACCGAUCUCGUUAACAGCCCCAUCUUCAACGGCGACGAAUGGAGCAUGGGUGGGAAUGGUGAUCCAAUCGGACCGCAUGCAGGCAUGAGUCUAUGGCCGGGUGAGACGCUUCCUGGUGGACCCGGAGGAGGCUGUAUCAGUAAAGGUCCUUUCACCAAUUUGACCAUUCGUCUUGGUCCCCUCGCGCCCACCAUGGACCCUAAACUCAACAUCCCACCAAACCCACGCGCCGAUGGCUAUGGUGACAAUCCACGUUGCCACCGUCGCGACGUAAGCAACUUCUUCACCGAGCGCUACCUCCGGCCUCAAGAUCUUCUAUUCCAUAUCACCACCAAUAAGGCCAUUGGUACCUUCCAGGACACACUCCAGACCAACGCGACGAACAGCCUUUCAGCGUUGCACAUUGGCGGUCACUUCUCUAUCUGGGGUGAUCCUGGAGGCGAUGUCUAUGUGAGCCCUGCGGAGCCAGCCUUCUGGUUGCAUCAUGGUCAGCUGGACAGGCACUGGUGGAUGUGGGCCAUGUAUCAAGAGAAGGAGGUCAAGUCUCGCACAAGCAUGUACGAAGGCGGCACCCAUUGGUCGAUACCCAACAGUCCCAAAGGUAAACCGACAGAUCAGCAGGAGUUGGAUGUGGUGGCACCGCCAGGUCAGAACCACAUCGCGAGCAAGGAGUUCUUCUCUACUACCUCGGGGCCGCUGUGCUAUGUAUAUGCUUAG